ACUCCUCUCACUCCAGCCCAACCUUCUCUAUUGUCAAUACAAGGUCUACUGCACAACCCCCAAAUAACAAUGCAGCUCUCUCUCCUCACCUUCGCCUCCCUGGCGCCCCUCGUCGCCGCCCACUUCAAACUCAACUACCCCGAAUCCCGCGGCGUCAAUGAAGACAAAAUGACCCAGUUCCCCUGCGGUGGGCUCUCUGCGUCUUCGGACCGCACAAAGGUCGCGCUGUCCAACGACGGCUCGGCGUAUCUCCCCGUGGCCAUCACGCUGGGCCACUCGCAAACGGCUGUCGAGGUCCUCCUGUCCCUGGGCGACGACCCCGGCGAGAACUACAACGUCACUCUGGUGCCGACCUUCCGCAUUGAAGGCCUUGGCUCUUUCUGUAUCCCCGAUAUUACAUUCGAUAAGAAUACGACGGGCUUGAACCUUACCGAUGGAGUGAACGCUACCGUCCAGGUGCAGAGCAAUGGCGAUCCGACGGGAGGGUUGUAUGCUUGUGCCGAUAUCCAGUUCUCCACGAGCAUCAAGCAGGAUCAGCCCGAUUCUUGCAAGAAUAACACCGGUGUCAGCGCAAAGCUGUUCCAUGGCGACGCAGCCAAGCGCAACGCGAAUGAGUCCACCGCCGAUGGUGAAGCCCAGAGCGGCGGCUCCUCGGCGUCUGCUUCUUCGACUGGUAGCUCUCCUUCUUCGACCGGUGCUGCGGUUGCGUUGGAAACGGCUACUUGGGGGGUUCUGGGAGCCGCUGUUGUUGGGGCGAUGGCUGUUUUGUAAGGAUGGUUGAUAUUAUAUUGGGGUGGAGAUCGGAUCGAUGGUGGAUGGAUGAGCUGUGAGAAAAUGAAGAGAAAAGAAAGAACGAAAAUGAAUGAAGAGCGAAGAUUGAAAAGGUGAAGCUUAUGAGUGACGAAACUAUUACUAUGAUGGGGCAUGCUUGCAUACUGACUAGCUCCUUGUAUAUAUUUACCUGCUAUCCAUGC